UGAAAAUCCGGAUGUAAAAUUAUAUUUAAGCAGCUAACCCUUUACUGAUGCUUCACUUGGAAAAAUAAAAACAUCUUUUGCAUUCGAUCAAAGAACCUUUAGUAGUCCAAAAUGAAAACUAUUAUUCUUUUUGUGUUCUUCUCUUGUGGCCUGGCGGUGGUUUCUGCCGUGGCUUGCUCCGACCAAUCGAGCUGUGCGCCAGGGCAGUGCUGUGCUGGAGUCCCAUUCUGGGGUGGUGCAUGCCGCGCUAUGACACCUUUAGGCCAAAAGUGCAAAGUGACGGACGUGAUACUCCCGAUGUUUGGUGACUUCUACAUUGGUUCCUGUCCUUGCUCUGAAGGUUUAGUUUGUGUCCAAUCAGGAAAGAAGAAGAAUAGCGGUACUUGCCAGUUGCCUCCAACUACUCCUGCUCCUACUCCUGCCCCUGCCGAUGAUUCCGGCUCAGCUGAAGGGGGAUCUAACAAUUCUGCCUCAGGUGGAAGUUCCGAAAGUGGCACUGGCUCUGCAGAAAAACCUGCAGAAGUAUCAGAUGGAUCUUCUUCAGCUGACAAACCUGGGUCAGAUGCUUCGAAUCCAGCAGGCAGUUCUGAGGGUUCUUCGUCAUCAGCUGAAAAGCCCGGCUCAGCUUCAGGAGAAGGCUCAGACACUUCUGACGCUGCUUCUCAGUCGGCCGAAAAACCUGCAGAUUCAGGAGCUUCUUCAGCUGAAAAGCAAGAAGGCUCAGAUGCUUCAUCCUCAGUAGAAAAACCAGCAGGUUCAGGUAGUCCCUCGGCUGAACUGUCCCAAGGCUCUUCUUCAGAAGAACAGCCUCAAAGCACUGCCUCAGAUGAACAGUCUCAAGCCCUUCCCGAACAAUCUCGGAUUCCAACAACUUCAGCUCAAGAUUCUGAAUCUCCCGCUGCGAAAGGAAAUCCAGCGGCUUUUGAUUACGAACAAUACUUAAAUAAAGCCUAAAUUUUAAAAUAUUGGAUCUAGGGCAAACUGUUACUGGACCAGAUCUUGCUGAUUGUAUCAAAUGUUCCAUAGGGGUUCUUUUAGUGAGAGCUUAGAGGAUGUUUCGGUGAAUGGACUUGACAAACUAAAGAUUUUGUGCUCGAGAUUCCUGAAGGGCAUUUUGUAAUGCAGUUCAAUGCAUAUUAUUACAUACAUAAAUUACACAUAGACAUAUAUAUUGUAGAGAUGUUUUUAAGUCUGUUGUAAGCGAAUAAAUAUGAUAUUUUUUGUUUGCAUAA